UCGAGGAAGAUUUCGCGAUGUUGCUGGAGACCAGAGGCGGGGAACAAGGUUGAAAAGACAAGACGCGUUGGUAACGUAUCCCCGGUUGGUAGAGUUGUGUUGUCGUCGACAGGUUGUACGGAGUGAAUGGUGGCGUGGGCUACAGGUACGUUUUCCACCUCUUCGCCGUUGUUGCAGUCGCUUCCACCUGGCACGCCCGAUUCGAACCGAAGCUCCCCGAGUGGACGCGUUAAUGUGCCGGUCACCGUGGCCCAUCCUCCGGAACGACUACUGUUGCUUUUCGUGUCCCAUUUCCUACCGUCGUGGUGCGGGAUCGUUCCUUUUUCUCACGUUUCUCGCUUCCGAGAGCGCCAACCUUCUCCGACGAUCAUCUAGUCACGUCGGACAUGAAAAGCGCGCCUUACGUCGCGUCCGAAGUGCAGUGCAGUGCCUCUUAAUGGAGUGUGCCGAUAUAUAGCCGCUUUCGUCGUGUUUCUCGUUACUCGCACAAGGCGGAGUGCCGACAACCACGACUUAAGAGAUGGUCAUCGUCACGCGGAUAUCCUCUACGGUAUUUUCGCAUUGGUGAAAAUGUGGGACGUGCGCAAGGCUCGAGCAAUGAUCGAUAACUAAAGCGCCACUAACGAGCGCAGGGAGAUUACAUAUGGAUCGAACCAAUCUCAGGGAGAGAAUUUGACGUUGCAAUAGGAGCACGAGUGAUUUCCGCCGAGGGCAGACGCAUUCAAGUGAAAGACGACGAUAACAAGGAACAAUGGCUGACCCCGGAAAGACGAAUCAAGGCGAUGCAUGCCACUUCUGUGCAAGGUGUAGAGGAUAUGAUCAGCUUAGGAGACCUCCAUGAAGCCGGCAUUUUACGGAAUCUCUUGAUCCGCUACAACGAGAAUCUUAUAUACACCUACACGGGCUCUAUCCUGGUUGCUGUGAAUCCGUAUCAAAUACUGCCCAUCUACACCGCGGAGCAAAUCAAACUGUACAAGGAUCGUAAAAUCGGAGAGCUGCCGCCUCACAUAUUCGCUAUCGGCGACAACAGUUAUGCGCACAUGAACCGAUACGGCCAAGACCAAUGCAUAGUGAUCAGCGGCGAAAGCGGAGCCGGCAAAACGGAAAGUACGAAAUUAAUUUUGCAAUAUUUGGCAGCGAUCAGCGGCAAACAUUCUUGGAUCGAACAGCAAAUAUUGGAAGCGAAUCCGAUUUUGGAAGCAUUCGGGAAUGCCAAGACGGUACGAAACGACAAUUCGUCUCGGUUUGGAAAGUACAUCGACAUUCACUUCAACGAACAGGGCGUGAUCGAGGGGGCCAAGAUAGAGCAAUAUCUGUUGGAAAAGUCGCGAAUAGUGUCGCAGAGUUUGGACGAGAGGAACUAUCACGUGUUCUACUGCAUGUUGGCCGGCCUCUCCAAAGAAGAGAAACAGAAGCUUGAGCUGGAGGACGCGUCGUCGUACAAAUAUCUAACGGGGGGUGGUAGCAUCACCUGCGAGGGUCGGGACGACGCGGCGGAAUUCGCAGACAUAAGAUCGGCCAUGAAAGUUUUGUUAUUCACCGACUCUGAAAUAUGGGAAGUCCUAAAGUUGCUCGCCGCCCUGCUACACACAGGGAACGUCAAGUACAGGGCGACGGUUGUAGACAAUUUGGACGCCACGGAGAUACCGGAACAGACGAACGUGCGGAGAGUGGCGCAUUUGUUGGGUGUACCGGUCCAGUCUUUGAUAGACGCCCUCACCCGCCGGACCAUAUUUGCUCACGGUGAGACGGUUGUUUCCACGUUGUCCAGGGAGCAGUCGGUGGACAUCCGGGACGCGUUCGUCAAGGGAAUAUACGGGCGACUGUUCGUCCACAUCGUGAAGAAGAUCAACGAGGCCAUCUACAGACCGAAGAACACCUCGCGAAGCGCCAUCGGUGUCCUGGACAUAUUCGGCUUCGAGAAUUUCAGUCACAACAGCUUCGAGCAAUUCUGCAUAAAUUACGCAAACGAGAAUCUUCAGCAGUUCUUCGUGCAGCACAUCUUCAAGCUGGAACAAGAAGAGUACAAUCACGAGGGCAUAAAUUGGCAGCACAUAGAGUUCGUCGACAACCAAGAUGCGUUGGAUCUGAUAGCCAUCAAGCAACUGAACAUCAUGGCGUUGAUCGACGAGGAGUCAAAGUUCCCCAAGGGAACCGAUCAAACGAUGCUGGCCAAGAUACACAAGACCCACGGGAGCCAUCGAAACUACCUGAAACCAAAGUCGGACAUCAACACGUCGUUCGGAUUGAAUCACUUUGCCGGGGUAGUGUUCUACGACACCAGAAGCUUCCUCGAGAAGAACCGUGACACUUUCAGCGCCGACUUGCUGCAGCUGAUCCACAUAUCGUCCAACAAGUUUCUUCAGGCUUGUUUCGCCGAGGACAUAGGCAUGGGCUCGGAGACGAGGAAACGCGCGCCCACGCUGUCCACGCAGUUCAAGAAGUCGUUGGACUGUCUGAUGAGAACGUUGUGCAGCUGUCAGCCCUUCUUCAUCAGAUGCAUCAAGCCAAACGAAUAUAAGAAACCGAUGAUGUUCGACCGUGGCCUCUGUUGUCGACAGCUACGAUACUCGGGCAUGAUGGAGACGAUACGAAUACGCAGAGCCGGUUACCCGAUCAGACAUUCCUUUCCAGAGUUCGUCGAGCGUUAUAGAUUUUUGAUCUCGGGCAUACCUCCGUCGCACAAGGUCGAUUGUCGCGCGGCCACCUCGAAAAUUUGUCACGUAGUGCUGGGUAGGUCCGACUAUCAGCUGGGUCACACCAAGGUCUUCCUCAAGGACGCCCACGACCUGUUCCUCGAGCAGGAACGGGACCGCGUGCUCACGCGAAAGAUUCUGAUACUGCAACGCAACAUACGAGGCUGGGUGUACAGACGACGGUUCCUCCGCAUGAGAACGGCUGCGACGGUGGUACAAAAGUAUUGGAGGGGUUACGCUCAGCGACAACGAUACAAACGCAUGCGUAUCGGUUACAUGCGGCUGCAGGCUUUGAUCAGGUCACGCGUGUUGUCGCACAGAUUUCGACACCUCAGGGGUCACAUCGUGGCGCUGCAGGCGCGCGCCAGGGGCUACUUGGUGCGCAAGAUGUUCCAGAAGAAGCUGUGGGCCAUCGUCAAGAUACAGGCUCACGUUCGACGAUUGAUCGCGCAGAGACGGUACAAGAAGAUCAAGUACGAGUAUCGGCUGCACGUCGAGGCUCUGAGGCUCCGGAAGAAGGAGGAGAGGGAACUGAAGGAUCAAGGGAACAAGAGGGCGAAGGAGAUCGCCGAGCAGAACUACAGGGAACGGAUGCAAGAAUUGGAGAGAAAGGAGAUAGAAAUGGAACUGGAGGAUCGACGGAGAAUGGAGAUCAAGAAGAAUUUGAUCAACGACGCGGCCAAGAAGCAGGACGAGCCUGUGGACGAUAGCAAGCUGGUCGAGGCUAUGUUCGAUUUCCUGCCGGACUCUAGCAGCGAGGCUCCAACGCCCGCCAGGGAAACGUCCGUCUUCAACGAUCUACCCGCCCCGAAAGCGGACCAACAGGAGAUCAUCAGUCCCAUGCAAACCGCCUCCGAGGACGAGGAAGAUCUGUCCGAGUUCAAGUUCCAGAAGUUCGCGGCGACCUAUUUCCAGGGCAAUAUCACCCACCAGUACUCGAGAAAGCCGUUGAAGCACCCGCUGUUGCCUCUGCACACGCAGGGCGAUCAGCUGGCGGCUCAGGCUCUCUGGAUCACUAUACUUCGUUUCACCGGCGACCUGCCCGAGCCCAGGUUCCACACGAUGGACAGGGACACCACGUCGGUGAUGUCCAAGGUGACGGCGACGCUGGGUCGAAACUUCAUACGGAGCAAAGAGUUCCAGGAGGCACAGAUGAUGGGCGUGGACCCGGAGGCGUUCCUCAGACAGAAGCCGCGGUCCAUCAGGCACAAGUUGGUCUCGUUGACCUUGAAACGCAAGAACAAGCUCGGCGAGGACGUCAGGCGGAAGCUGCAGGAGGACGAGUACACGGCGGACAGCUAUCAGUCGUGGCUGGAGGCGAGGCCCACGUCGAACCUCGAGAAGCUACACUUCAUCAUCGGUCACGGUAUACUGCGGGCGGAGCUCAGAGACGAGAUCUACUGUCAGAUCUGCAAACAGCUGACGAACAAUCCCUCCAAGUCGUCGCACGCCCGCGGAUGGAUCUUGUUGUCGCUGUGCGUGGGUUGCUUCGCUCCAUCGGAGAAGUUUGUCAAUUAUUUGCGCGCGUUCAUCAGAGAGGGUCCUCCGGGGUACGCACCGUACUGCGAGGAUCGGCUCAAGAGAACGUUCAACAACGGAACGCGCAACCAACCGCCCAGCUGGUUGGAGCUACAAGCUACCAAGUCGAAGAAGCCGAUCAUGCUGCCCAUCACCUUCAUGGACGGGAACACGAAGACCCUCCUCGCCGAUUCGGCCACCACCGCCAGAGAACUGUGCAACCAAUUGUCCGACAAAAUAUCUCUGCGCGAUCAGUUUGGAUUCUCGCUUUACAUAGCGUUGUUCGACAAAGUGUCGUCGCUGGGCAGCGGCGGGGACCACGUGAUGGACGCGAUCUCCCAGUGCGAGCAGUACGCGAAAGAACAGGGCGCCCAGGAACGUAACGCGCCGUGGAGGUUGUUCUUCCGUAAGGAGAUAUUCGCGCCGUGGCACGAGCCGACCGAGGACCAGGUCGCCACCAAUCUCAUCUACCAGCAGGUGGUCAGGGGCGUAAAGUUCGGAGAGUAUCGGUGCGACAAGGAGGAGGACUUGGCGAUGAUAGCAGCCCAACAAUACUAUAUAGAGUACCACGCGGACAUGAACGUCGACAGACUCUACACCCUCUUGCCCAAUUACAUUCCAGAUUAUUGUCUGACGGGUAUCGACAAGGCGAUAGACAGAUGGGGACAUCUCGUGCUACAAGCAUACAAAAAGAGCUACUAUUUGAAGGAAAAGGUACCUGCUCUCCGCGUCAAGGAGGACAUAGUGGGUUACGCCAAGUUCAAGUGGCCAUUGUUGUUUUCUCGCUUCUACGAAGCGUACAGGAAUUCCGGGCCGAAUUUGCCCAAGAACGACGUCAUCAUAGCUGUGAACUGGACCGGAGUGUACGUCGUGGACGAUCAGGAACAAGUGCUUCUGGAAUUGUCCUUUCCCGAAAUCACCACCGUAUCUAGUCAGAAAACGAACAAAAUAUUCACGCAGACGUUCAAUUUAUCGACGGUGCGAGGAGAAGAGUUCACGUUCCAAAGUCCUAACGCCGAAGACAUCCGCGACCUGGUGGUAUACUUUUUAGAGGGUCUGAAGAAGCGUAGCAAAUACGUGAUCGCGUUGCAAGAUUACAAAGCGCCGGGCGAGAGUUCGUCGUUUCUGUGCUUUCAAAAAGGUGACCUUAUUACGUUGGAGGAGGAGAGCACAGGCGAGACCGUCCUCAACUCGGGAUGGUGCAUCGGGACGUGCGAGAGAACCACCGAAAAGGGUGAUUUCCCAGCCGAGACGGUUUACGUUUUGCCUUCCCUGACCAAACCACCGAACGAUAUUUUGUCCUUGUUCAGCAUCGAAGGAACGGAAAACGGUCGCAAACUGUACCCGCAACAAGUGAACGGAGUAGAGCCACGCGACAAGCCACACACGCUUCUGGAAUACGCGAUCGAUCAUUUCCGAACACCGCCAAAGAGAACCAUGUCGAAAGCGUUGACUUUGACGACGGCGCGACGCGGACACACCGACGAAUUGUGGCAUCACUCCAGAGAUCCGAUAAAGCAGCCGCUUUUAAAGAAAUUAAUAUCGAAAGAAGAGCUAGCGGAGGAAGCGUGUUUCGCGUUCAAUGCCAUCUUGAAAUACAUGGGCGACCUACCGACGAAAAGACCGCGCGUCGGAAACGAGUACACGGACCUUAUAUUCGACGGUCCGCUGAAGAACGAGAUCUUACGGGACGAGAUCUAUUGUCAAAUAAUGAAACAACUGACCGACAAUCGAAAUAGAUUGAGCGAGGAGCGAGGCUGGGAAUUGAUGUGGCUAGCCACCGGUCUCUUCACCUGCAGCCAAAGUCUUUUAAAGGAAUUAACGUUGUUUUUGCGCACGAGGCGGCAUCCCAUAUCUCAGGACUCUUUACAAAGGCUGCAAAAAACUUUACGUAACGGACAACGGAAGUACCCGCCGCACCAAGUUGAAGUGGAAGCUAUACAACACAAAACGACGCAAAUAUUUCACAAAGUCUAUUUCCCAGACGACACGGACGAAGCGUUCGAAGUGGAUUCGUCCACGAGAGCGAAAGACUUUUGUCAAAACAUCGCGCAGAGACUAAAUUUACGAUCGGCGGAAGGGUUCAGUUUGUUCGUGAAGAUCGCCGACAAAGUCAUCUCGGUCCCGGAAGGCGACUUUUUCUUCGACUUUGUGCGACAUUUAACGGAUUGGAUCAGAAAAGCUCGACCGUCACGCGACGGUGUCUCGCCCCAAUUUACGUACCAAGUCUUUUUUAUGAAAAAGUUGUGGACCAACACCGUUCCCGGCAAAGAUAGAAACGCUGAUCUCAUUUUCCAUUUCCAUCAAGAGCUUCCCAAGUUGUUAAGGGGAUACCACAAAUGUACUAAAGAAGAAGCAUCGAGAUUGGCUGCGCUUGUGUACAGGGUUCGGUUUGGCGAGAGCAAGCAAGAACUCCAAGCGAUUCCGCAAAUGUUAAGAGAACUCAUACCGGGCGAUCUAGUGAAGGUACAAAGCUCCAACGAUUGGAAAAGAUCGAUAAUCGCAGCAUACAAUCAAGAUGCUGGAAUGAGCCCGGAAGAUGCAAAGAUAACGUUCUUGAAGAUCGUUUAUCGAUGGCCGACGUUCGGUUCGGCGUUUUUCGAAGUGAAACAAAGCACGGAACCAAAUUAUCCGGAACUGUUGUUAAUUGCGAUUAAUAAGCACGGUGUGAGCCUGAUACAUCCGCAAACGAAGGAUAUACUGGUGACGCAUCCUUUUACCAGAAUCUCAAAUUGGUCGUCGGGAAACACUUACUUCCACAUGACGAUCGGAAAUUUAGUACGAGGCUCGAAAUUAUUGUGCGAAACAUCGCUCGGAUACAAGAUGGACGACCUUUUAACGUCGUACAUAUCGUUGAUGCUCACCAAUAUGAAUAAACAACGUACGAUACGGAUAAAGUAAAUGCGACUUAUCGCGACGAAACAAACAUCGAUGGUUCGGUAAUCUUAAUUACAAAACCUUCAUCUUUUACUAUCUAUUGAAAUUAAUUUCGUACCGUUGCUAAAAAUUUCUACAAAUCCUUUGUGCAUCGCCAACAACGUUCUCCGAAACUCUUCGAAACAUUAAAAAGUAGCUUCGCAAUAACAAAUUCUAUCUAGCAAGUAAUAUUUUAUACAUGAACGUGUUCGCGUUAUAAAUUGUAUAACUUGUAUACAUAUUGUAUGUGUGUAUACGUUACUAACUAGAGAACGCGAUCGUCGCGUGAUCAUUUUCAUACUCAUCCGCUAAUUUAUAAUUUAAUUGUUACUAUAAUCAAGACGAUAAGGGGAACCGUGUGAUUCACGUGUACACAAAUAAUUAGCUGAAAAAAUUGUAUAUGAUUUAUUUACAAAUAAGAUUUUCAUAUAGUUUUGUAAAAUAUUAUUUUAAUAUACUAUAGGAGAUAUAAUUAAAGAAUUUCACGCUCAAACGUAUUCUCUGUCGCUUCGAGACAAAAGACAAAAUUGUGUGCAAUUUAAAACUAUGUACGAUCGAAAGAAUCCCAAGUCGACGAAAAUUCUUCCAACACUUGAGCACUGAGAAAUUUCUGUACGUAUGCGCACGUACGUACACGUUUCAAAAUUCUUUUCCGAUCUAACGAAUUACAAUGAUUAAUUCAUUGAUUAUCCGUCCAAUGAUACAUGUAAGGAUGUAAUUAUUAUUAUUAUUAUUAUUAUUAUUAUUAUUAUUAUUAUUAUUAAUUCGCAAUUUAUUACUGUGAAUAAAGAUAAUCGUGUUCUUCAGGUACUCGGUGCAAAUUUUAAUCGUGGGUAAAUUCCCAUGGAAUACAUAUACCGACAUUCCUCUUUUACAAUGGAUCUCUUCAGGAAGACAAUUCCCAAAGCGAUCCUAUCUCGCUUCCUGCUGUUGAUGAUUAUAUUCGAUGGUAUCUAGAAAAAAGCUUGUACCGAUUCGAUGAUGCCGAGAGAAGCCAAGAAACGAACCAUUUUCAUACUAUUGCACACUCGUGGCUUUGCACCUUCAUUUCGCUAAAUUUAAAUACCGUUUAAAGGCGAAACUUUAUUAUCGUUAGAGAGUAUAAUU